AUGUGCACAAUCAAGACCACCUCCGACGCCAGCACCUCAACUACUGCUGCUGAGAUCCACUGCGCUCAGUGCGGCGAGCCGCUUCUGCACUCCAUCGGUGUCACCCUCCGUUGCGGCGACUAUACUCACUACUGCCACAAGAGCAAUUGCGUCACCUGCCUGAUGAUGGAGGUUGAUGACUGCUGCUUCGACGUCAAGUGCGAGGUUAUGGGGCAGGUCGAAGACCUGCUUAUCCAGAAGUCGUAUAUCAGCUGCCCGGAUGCGCUCACCGAGAUCGAGAAGGAGAUCUACGAGCUCCUUGAGAAGGACUUUAUAUACCCUCCUGCAGUCGCUCAGACCAAUGCUGGUAGCGGUUUCAUUGACCUUACCAACGAUGAUGAGAUGGACAUCUUUGAAUCCCCUCCUGCCGUCGGCCAGGCCAACACUAGAGACCACCACGGCGGUACCUCGUGGUUCAUGGAUCUGACCUCCGACGAUGAGAUGGACACUGACGCCAAUGUCCCUGAGAGCACCAGAUCUGAGUCGCGCACACUUUCUCCGGAGCCCCGCCUGAUGAGCAACAGACUCGAUGUUCAGCUGGUCAUUGCGCCUUACAACGCAUCCAACAAUAACGAAGUUAGGUUUGACUACGGGGGAUCAAUGGAGGAUCUCUACGACUACUUCGAUGAAGGAGUAGCACCACCUGUUGAGGUCAGCUCCAUCCUCAACGAAGCAAUGAGCGAACUUGACGGUCAGCCCAUGACCGAGCUCGACUCUCCAGAGUACCUCGAGUGGGAGUACUGA